GUCGACUUUGAGGUGUCUCACUGAUGCUAUUGACUCUUUCUCUACGAUGGAUAUACUUACAAGCGGCAAUGGGACGGUUGUCCCAAAAAGCGGCUUGUCUUUCAAAGAGAGUUCCUAUGUCAAUUGGGUCACACAAAAUCUCAGCAAUUGGGGAAUCGCAGCUACGAUCUUAGUCCUACUCAUAUCCUAUGAUCAAAGUAUAUAUUCCAGUUUUCUCUCACUGGAUUAGUUGACAGACUGACCUGGACAAUAGCUAUGUAUUUGAUAAGGAAGAAAUCUAUCCCAGGGCCGAUUUUCAAGAUUCCAUUCAUGGGAUCAUUCAUACAAGCACUCUACCCAAAGUUCGAGCCUACCAAGAACAAUGGGCCAGUGGAGAUAUCAGCUGUGUGUCUGUUUUCCACAAGUAUGUUCCUCAUUUGCUUUCCUGUUGGACUGCUAAGCUGACAAUAUUCUCCUAUAUUAGAUUUGUGGUUCUUGCCUCCGAACGAGACAUUGCACGAAAGGUUUUCAACUCUACUGCUUUUGUGAAGCCUUGCCUCAUCCCUGUUGCAGAGUCUUUAUUGGGCCCAUCUGUAUGGGUGUUUUUGGAUGGGAAGCGCCACGUUGAUUUCCGCCGAGGACUCAACGUUCUUUUUACUCGAAAAGCGCUGCAAUGCUAUUUGCCUAUACAGGAGAAGGUCUGGUCCCAAUACUUCGAAAAGUUUGUUCCUAUUCCAUUCAUGGGGCAAUUCCGAGAGAUAAAUUGCGCGUUAUCAUGCCGUACCUUUGUGGGGGACUAUAUUUCCCAGGCCGCUGUCAAGAGAAUUGCGGACAACUAUUACUGCAUCACUGCUGCUCUAGAACUCGUUAACAUACCACUUUCACUUUACUUUCCUUACUCUAAGGUCUGGCUUGGGAAGCGAGCUGCAGAUCGUGUUCUUGCCGAAUUCAAAAAAUGCGCGGCAACAAGCAGACUCAGUAUGGCCGCUGGCCGGGAGCCAACCUGUACUAUGGACCAGUGGAUACUGAGCAUGAUAGAAUCAAAGGCUUACCAAGACAAGGUAGCUGCUGGUAUUGCAACUGCCGAGGAGUUGGAGAAGUCCAAACCUACUGUUCUGCUGCGAGACUUCACCGACUUCGAAAUUGCACAGACAAUGUUUACAUUCUUAUUUGCUUCACAAGACGCAUCGAGUAGCGCUACAACUUGGUUGUUCCAAAUCAUGGCACAACGUCCUGAUAUACUUUACAAAGUUCGGGAGGAAAAUUUGGCAGCGAGAGAAAAAAGCAUGAGAUCCGGCCAAUCACUUGGACUUGAGAUGUUGGAAUCGUUGACAUACACAAAUGCAGUCGUCAAAGAGACCCUUCGAUAUCGCCCGCCUGUCAUUUUUGUCCCGUACACAACUAAAAAGCCCUUCAAAAUUACACCGACGUACACGGUGCCUAAAGGAGCAAUGAUUGUUCCUUCAUGCUAUCCAGCUUUACACGACCCUGAAGUAUAUCCUCAGCCUGAAGUUUUCGACCCGAAAAGAUGGAUAUCUGGUAAUGCUGCCGAGCAGACUAAAAACUGGCUGGUUUUUGCUACUGGGCCACAUAAUUGCAUCGCGCAACAAUAUGUUCAACUUACCAUGACAGCUAUGAUUGGAAAGGCAUCACUAGAGAUGGAUUGGGUUCAUCAUCCAACAGCUAGAUCCGAUGAGAUAAAAGUCUUUGCCACUUUGUUCCCCAUGGUAAGAUUACUCCAAUUUUAUCACAUGCAUCUCAUAUCUCUAACUUUGACAGGAUGACUGCCCUAUGAUAUUUACCAAGAGGGAACGGCAGUAGUUUUCUGAGCAAAAUGAGACCAC